AUGGCGCAAGACAAGAAGGAAGAACAAGCCCAGCAAGACCACAUCCCCACUGAGCCACAGAAUGAAGAGGAGGAACAAAGCAAAGGCUCCGGCGGCCUCUUGAGCGCAAUCGGAGAUCCAGUCGGCAACGUCCUCAACACGGCGCUCCGCCCCGUCGGCGCGCCCCUCGAAAAAUUCGUGACCGGGCCCCUAGGCGAAGGGCUCGGCGGCACCACACGCGGUGCUCUAGCACCCCUUUUGGGCCACGAGGAAGAGCGGUCUGAGCUGCUCGGCGGCAAAAACGUCGAUAGUUACAGUAAGCCUGAGAAGAUUGCUGGAAAAGAGCAGACGGGGCAGAAUCCGUUGGGGUUGGAUCAGACGGGGCGAUGGGGGUUUGAGGAUGAGGGUAAGAAAUAA